GGAAAUUCGCAAACGCUUGCUUGACAGUUAUCAGAAAGGAAAAAAAAACUCUUCGCAGGUAAUGUUGGUAAACACGGGGUUGCUGAUCAGCGUUACAUUUCGUAUGAAAUACAUCGGUGUAAAUUGAUUCGGAAAGUGGUUUUUCUCAUCAUUUGUGUGAUACGCAGAGCUAUACAACAUGCUCAAGACAUUUUGUCGUAUCUGUUUGACGGCGACGGGUGUAGAGUACAGCAUCGACGAGGCUAUCGACGGCACAAAAUCGCUGUAUACAGUGGUUUGCAGGCUGUGCCCUGAAGCAUUCCCGGACAAAAGCAGUGAAUGGUCGAGACAUGUCUGCGAACACUGCAGGAAACGAAUCUUAAAUGCUCAAGAGCUUUAUGAACUAUGUUUGAAAAGCGCGGAGUUACUAGAAAAGCAAGAAUUUAAAGAUUACAAGGAGAACGAUAGCUGCGGCAUGGCUCCUCUGAAUCAAGUCGGAAAUCCAACAUUUGAACAAGAAGAUGAAAUUGAUUCAGACUUUUUUGCUCCGUCGGAAGAUUCUAUCUCAGAAACACAAAACCAACCUUACUUAGACGUUCCGUCAAAUGAAAGUAGAACGGUUCCUCUGUCGUUGGAAGUUAUAGAUACGGAUAAUGAAUCCUUUGCCAGUAUUGACUCCGAUUGGUUAUUAAAUACAGAGGAACAGCGAAACAUAACCGGUAUCCAGCAACCGGAUGCAUCCAGCAUCAUAAAAAUGAAUGAGCCAACGGACACAAUCGUGGUCGCUAUUCAUGCUACAGGCGUCAUUGAAGCGGGAGGCAGCUCCGGUACAGCAGACGUUAACCGGCAACCAUCUGCAAAUGCCGACCUUUCAUCAGAAGAAUCGGAAGACGAAACGGCGAAAAUAUUUACCGCAAAGGUGUAUCAUUGCGAAAAGUGUCAAAGAGCAUUUUUCGAAAAAAUAACGUACAAAAAACACCUUAAAUAUCAUGAGAUGAAACGAAACAAUUGUUGCACACUGUGCGAAAAAGGAUUCGCAUCGAAAUCGCUUCUGAGCGAACAUCUAGAAAAACACGACAAUUCUCUUCUAUGUAUAAUUUGCGGUGAAAUGUCCGAUACGCCAAAGCGAAACAAGCGGCAUUACGAAAAUCACAUGAGGGUUCGCAACUAUGCCUGCCCGAAAUGUCCGAUGCGAUUCUACACCUCGUUGACACUAUCUUCCCAUCUCAAAGCACAUUCAGGGUCCAGGUUAUUCUGCUGCGAUGUGUGUGGUCAGCGUCUAAGCUCUAAGAAAAAUCUUAUAAACCACAAAACUGCUAAACAUAGCGAUGUGAGACCAUUUAGUUGCGACAUUUGCGGCUUAAGGUUCGUUAUAAAGGAUAGCAUUAAAAAGCACAUGAUAACACAUACCGGCGAAAGGCCUCAUGGUUGCAUGUUUUGUGAUCGGCGGUAUGGUUCUGUAGGGGACUUGAAGGAUCAUUUACGGAAACACAUAGGGGACAAAAUAUAUCAGUGCGAUCGCUGCGAUGCCGCGUUUCGAUUAAUAGCUGAAUUACGGGAUCACUACGCGGUGCAUUUCAAAGAUGGAAUAGAUCCAGCAACCUCCUAUCCCCCAAACUUUCGCCUAACUCUCAGUAACGUAGUUAAUUUACGAUAUCAAAAAGAAUUGUCGGGAUCGUCGGCCGACAAAAGUCAAUAACAACGUUACACCUGGCAAAGUGAA